AUGCCCAACGCCUCUUCCUGGAGUGCUAGCUCGCCUCUGCUGCUGCUCUGGGAGGACUCCUCCGGCACCCGCAUCUUCCUGUCGCUGCUCUACGCAGUCUUAGCUAUCUCAGGGACUUUAUCCAAUGUGAUGGUCAUCUACUUAGUCUUCUCCUUCAAGAAGCUGCAGACAACCAGCAAUGCCUUCAUCGUGAACGGCUGUGCGGCAGACCUAAGCGUGUGCGCCCUGUGGAUGCCCCAGGAGGCUGUGCUGGGGCUGCUGCCUCCCAACUCCUCCUCCCUUCGCUCGGCGGAGUACCGGCUGCUCCGAGGCGGGCUCCUCGGCCUCGGCCUCACCGUCUCCCUGGUCUCUCACCUGCUGGUGGCCUUCAACAGGUACGUGCUCAUCACCAAGCUGCCCAGCGUCUACCAGGCCCUCUACCAGCGGAGGCACACGGGCUGCAUGAUCGGGCUCUCCUGGGCCCUCGCCCUGCUCCUGGUCCCGCUGCUGCCCGGGCUCUGGACGCCGGGCUCUGCCCAGCAGCCGCCCCCGCGGCAGACGGCCGGCACCUCUCGCUACACCGCCCUGCUCCUCGCCCUGGCCGUGCUGGGCCAGACCGCCCUGCUGCUCCACUGCUACCUCGGCAUCGUGCGGCGGAUGUCUUCAGGCUGUCUGGAGUCUUCACCUGCCCUGCGACAGUCUCAGGGCAGAAUUAAAAAUGCAGAUAUGCGUCAGGCAAGAGCUGCAUCCAUCCUGAUCUGUUUUGAAGCUGAUGGUGUGAUGGAGGUGCAAUGUCAGUCUGAAAGCAAUGAAGUGAGCGUUAGCAACAGGAGAAAACUAUGA